AUGAGAACAAUUCUCGUCAUUCUUCUCAUCUUCAUCGAAUCUCUUCCCUUGGAUGGGCUCACUUACAACGAGCAUCUUCAGUUUCUUCAACUUCAGAAUGCCGCCUACAAUAUGUAUCUGAGAACUUUUACACAGAGAAAGCAAAAGAAUAAUGUUUUCAAGAGUUGGUAUGCAGCCACAACGGUAUUCUAUUUUUUCCGUGGGCGCAUCAACUAUGUCUACCAGUUGAUUUCAGCAAUUUCCACCAUUGAAGAGCGAAUUCUUCGAGAAUGACACAGUUAUCGGUGACAGUCAACCGAAUUCAGCAGUCGUGAGCAUGGGAUUGGUUUAUUCGAAGCCGUGGACAGUCGACGAUGAAAUCGGAAUGCCUUUGAAUCAGCCAAUUUUUACGAAAGAGAAGACCAACUUUUAUAACUACGGAAAACUGUAUCAGAACUAUUAUCAAAACGGAAAAUAA